AUGCCUUUUACAUCUCCGACGGAAAAUGAGCCGUUUAGUCCGACUUUUGUUCCAGAGACUCAACUGUCUGACCGUGAAUCCCCAAUUGAGCUCGUAAAUUUGGAGAAGGUGGAUUCUGACAUUGCAAGUAGAAGAAAGCGGUCAACAUGGAGUAAGGUUGAAGAUGAGGUUUUAGCAAGAUCGUUUGUUACUAUCAGUGAUGAUCCAAUCAUCGGCAAUGAUCAGAAUGUGGAUGCUUUUUGGGGACGUAUUGCAAGUUACUACAAUGAGAAUCGUCCUCCAGGUACACCCAGUAGAAUUGCUAGUGUCAUACGAUCGCACUGGCACAAUACCAUACAAAAAAAGGUAUAUCGCUUCAACGUAAAUUACAAUAGUGUUUAUAGUGUGUAUCGUAGCGACCACAGUGAUGAGGAUAUAUUACGGCUUGCAUAUGAAAAGUAUCGCGAGGAAAAUAAUGGCAUUGCAUUUAAUCUCGAGCAUCAAAGGGAUGAUGCUGCGAGAAGAAAAGGCUUGUCACCACUACAAAAAUGUACAGCUGCGAUUCACCAAUUGUCUUAUGGAGUUCCAGCCGACCAUCUUGAUGAGUACCUACGCAUGGGUGAAUCAACCGCCAUCAAGUGUCUGUUCAAGUUCUGUGGUUAUGUGGUUGAACCAUUUGGGGAUCGAUACUUGAGAAGACCGAAUGCUGAUGAUGUUCAACGUCUUCUUCAAAUGCAUAAUGAGAGACACGACUUCCCUGGAAUGUUGGGUUCACGUAAUGAUAUUAAUGUGUUGUACGAAUCUCCCAUAUUCAAUAACGUCUUGCAAGGAAAUGCUCCGAAGAUUAAUUUCACGGUCAACGGGACUCAAUAUACAAAGGGGUAUUAUCUAACAGAUGGAAUAUAUCCGGAAUGGGCUACUUUCGUGAAGGCUUUUCCUUGUCCAGAAGAUCCCAAGAGGAGGUUGUUUAAGGAAAGACAAGAGGCUGUAAGAAAAGAUGUUGAACGAGCAUUUGGGGUGCUCCAAGCUCGAUGGGCAAUUGUCAGAGGUCCAGCUCGUUAUUGGUACAGAAAAAAGUUAAAACAUAUUAUGUUAACAUGCAUUAUUUUGCACAAUAUGAUUGUUGAAGAUGAGGGGGAGCAGGUGACAAAUUGGUACAACAAUGAUGAAGGUGAUGAACCCGCAGAACAUAUCCAAGGUUCAAAUCGAGGAUUUCAUGAUUAUCUGCGGACAAAUUCUGAACUAUGUGACAGUCAUGUGCAUCACCAACUUCGUGCAGAUUUAGUUGAACAUAUUUGGUCACAAUAUAACAAUAAUCCCUGA